AUGGCGACGCCGCCUCCGGAGGCCCCUUCUGACUUCAAGGAGGAGAAGCCUCAACUGCCGCCGUCGCCCAAUGGAGUUUCGCCUGGUGGUGUCGAUCGCACAGGUUCCCAAGAUGCUGUAGUCAGUGUCAAACCCGAUGCGCCCGUCAACGGUGCCGAGAAGACCUCGGCAGACACAAAGUCCGCUGCUGUCAAUGGUCAUAGUGCCGAACAAAGUUCUGUUCCAAACGGCCUAUCUGCAACCGCUUCUCCACCCAAGUCUCCUUCUCUGCCGAGUACAGACACACCCGCACAGCCAGCCGUCGCGUCCGAAGAUAAAAAACCUUCAAACGUGGAUUCAGUUGCGACUGGUGAGGGAGACAAGGCUACUGCAAGUAACAGUGAAUCUGUUACUGAGAAGGCUCCGCACACGGGCGGGGACACUCUUAGCCCCAAAAACACACAGGCGUCACCGGAUACGUCAAAGCCAUCAACUGAUACGUCCGAUGCCAAAGUGGAGAGCACUGCACAGUCAUCACAGAAUAUUGGAUCUGUGAAAACAGAACUUCCCCACCAUCCUUCCACCAGCCCGUCCAAAAGCGAUGCUGCCAGAUCUGUUUCUGCCGCGACGCCUCUUCCAAGCGUUGACCACGAGAUGCGUGACGCCCCGGUGGUUCCAGCGUCCCCGACGAAGGUGACAAGGGAGCGAGAAUCUGAUCAUGGUGAUGAACCCGCUGCUAAGCGAACCAAGUUCGGCGGAGAAGGCGCGUCUGCAACCGACUUCAAAGUUCCUAGCGCACCUACACCGGCCCAUGAAAGCCGCUCCGCUGGCUCGAGCAAUGGAUAUGGUGGGAUCACCAAGGUUCAACACAAGUUCUUGCUCAAGUCGAUUACGAGCCUGAAACGCAUGCACGACUCGCGAUUCUAUCGAGAACCCGUGGAUCCGAUCAAAUUGAACAUUCCCCAUUAUCCGCAAAUCAUCAAGCAGCCAAUGGAUCUAGGAACCAUCGAACGGAAACUCAAAUUCAACGAGUACAGAAGCGCACAGGCUGUAAUAGAUGAUUUCAGACUAAUGUGCCAAAACUCUUUAACCUUCAACGGCCCCGAUCACUUGGUCACAGUUGAGGGUCAGAGGCUCAGAGGAACUUUUGAGAAGCAGAUGCACAAUCUUCCCAAGCCUGAUGAGAUGGAAGAAAAGAAGGCAAAGAAACUCCCUCCCAAGACGUCGGCAGCCCGUCGAGAACCUCGGGCGGCGCCGAGUCCUAGUACGGCACGUGCUACCGGCAACUCUCCUCAGUCCACCACGUUCGCUCUAGGCCCGGAGGGUUUGCCGCUGAUCCGUCGUGACUCUGCUGCUAAUGCAGACGGUCGUCCAAAACGCUCCAUCCACCCUCCCAAGCGUGAUCUUCCCUACGCUGCAAAGCCAAAGAAGAAGAAGUAUCAAUGGGAGCUGCGCUUCUGCACCGAAGUAUGCGAGGAAAUGUAUAAGCCGAAGCAUUUCAACUACGCGGCGCCUUUCUACUAUCCUGUUGACCCUGUCGCUCUUAACAUCCCUACCUACCACAGCAUCAUCAAGAAACCGAUGGAUCUAUCUACUGUACAGACAAAACUGAAGGCUGGCCAAUACGAAAACGCCAGGGAAUUCGAAUUAGAUAUGCGCUUGAUCUUCAAGAACUGUUUCAAGUUCAAUAUCCCCGGCGAUCCCACAUAUGUUGCCGGUCAGCGUCUGGAAGAGAUCUUCAACCAAAAAUGGGCCCAAAAGACCCGGUAUCUUGAAACCCACGAACCUCACCCCGAGCACCAGAGCGCUGCAGAGUCUUCCGAGGACGAGAGUGAAGAAGAGGCAGAGGAAAGUGAUUACGAUGCUGAAAAACUCAGUUUGUUGCAGAAGCAGAUGGAAGAGAUGUCUCGUCAGAUUGAGGCCAUUACUCAGAAGAAGAAGAAGACCCCUCCUGGCUCCAAGAAAAUCAGCAAGUCGAAGCCUCCUAUGAAGAAGGAGGUCAAGAAGCCUGGAAGCGUAAGCUCGAGCAAUGUCAAAAAGGACAAGAAGAUCAGCACCAAGAGUACCAAGCCUGAGAAGCAGCGCUGGGUCACCUACCAGGAAAAGCAGAUUAUCUCCAAUGGAAUCAGUAGUCUUCCCGACAAGAAGAUGCAGGAAGCGCUCAAGAUUAUUCAGAGCAACGUUCCGGCUCUUAAGGGUACACAAGAGACAGAGAUCGAGCUUGAUAUCGAUGAGCUUCCCAACGAGGUUCUUGUGCUCCUGCUUCGUUUUGUCAAGAAGAACGCGCCUCAUGUGAUGGAGGAUGAGGAAGUUGCGACUCCCACUGCGGCGACUUCUACUACAACUGCUGCUCCAAAGCCGAAAAAGAACAAACCCAUGAGCAAGUAUGAGCAGGAGGCGCAGAUAAACAUGCUUGAAAGCAACUUGUCGCGCUUCUCGCAGGGAGGCGGUGGCCGCUCACCCGACCCUGUCCCCUCUGUCGAGGCCAACGAGAGUAGUGAUGAUUCGGAAGAUGAUUCUGAGGAGAGCGAGGAGGAGUAA